AUGUCCGGGAGCCGCCAGGCCGGGUCGGGCUCCGCCGGGACCAGCCCCGGCUCCUCGGCGGCCUCUUCGGUGACUUCCGCCUCCUCGUCCUUAUCCUCUUCCCCGUCGCCCCCUUCCUUGGCGGGAUCGGCGGCGGCGCUGGGGUCCGGAGGGGCAGCCCAGGCCGCGGGCUCCGGCGGCCUCGGGGGCCCGGGGCGGCCUGUGCUGGUGGCGGCCGCCGUGUCCGGCAGCGGCGGCGGCGGCGGCGGCGGGGUGGUGUCCGCGGGCCUGUCCCGGCUCAGCUGCGCGGCCCGGCCCAGCGCCGGCGGAGGAGGGGGCAGCUCUGGCCUCGGCAGCGGCAGCAGAAAGCGACCUCUGCUCGCCCCCCUCUGCAACGGGCUCAUCAACUCCUACGAGGACAAAAGCAACGACUUUGUCUGCCCUAUCUGCUUUGAUAUGAUCGAGGAAGCAUACAUGACGAAAUGUGGCCACAGUUUUUGCUACAAGUGUAUUCAUCAGAGUUUGGAGGAUAAUAAUAGAUGUCCUAAGUGUAACUAUGUUGUGGAUAAUAUUGACCAUCUGUAUCCUAACUUCUUAGUGAAUGAGCUCAUUCUCAAACAGAAGCAAAGGUUUGAGGAAAAGAGGUUCAAAUUGGACCACUCAGUGAGUAGCACCAAUGGCCAUAGGUGGCAAAUCUUUCAAGAUUUACUGGGAACUGACCAAGAUAACCUUGACUUGGCAAAUGUCAAUCUCAUGUUGGAAUUACUAGUACAGAAGAAGAAACAACUGGAAGCAGAAUCACAUGCAGCCCAACUACAGAUCCUUAUGGAAUUCCUCAAGGUUGCAAGAAGAAAUAAGAGAGAGCAACUGGAACAGAUCCAGAAGGAGCUAAGUGUUUUGGAAGAGGAUAUUAAAAGAGUGGAAGAAAUGAGUGGCUUAUACUCUCCUGUCAGUGAGGAUAGCACAGUGCCUCAAUUCGAAGCUCCUUCUCCAUCACACAGUAGUAUUAUUGAUUCCACAGAAUACAGCCAACCUCCAGGUUUCAGUGGCAGUUCUCAGACCAAGAAACAGCCUUGGUAUAACAGCACUUUAGCUUCAAGACGAAAACGACUCACUGCUCAUUUUGAAGACUUAGAGCAAUGUUACUUUUCUACAAGGAUGUCUCGUAUCUCAGAUGACAGUCGAACAGCAAGCCAGUUGGAUGAAUUUCAAGAAUGUUUGUCCAAGUUUACUCGAUAUAAUUCAGUACGACCUUUGGCUACCCUGUCAUAUGCUAGUGAUCUCUAUAAUGGUUCCAGCAUAGUCUCUAGUAUUGAAUUUGACCGGGAUUGUGACUAUUUUGCAAUCGCUGGGGUUACAAAGAAGAUUAAAGUCUAUGAAUAUGGCACAGUCAUUCAGGAUGCGGUGGAUAUUCAUUACCCUGAAAAUGAAAUGACCUGCAAUUCCAAAAUCAGCUGUAUCAGUUGGAGUAGUUAUCAUAAGAACCUGUUAGCAAGCAGUGAUUAUGAAGGCACUGUCAUCCUAUGGGAUGGAUUCACAGGACAGAGGUCAAAGGUCUAUCAGGAGCAUGAGAAGAGGUGUUGGAGUGUUGACUUUAAUUUGAUGGAUCCUAAACUCUUGGCUUCAGGUUCUGAUGAUGCAAAAGUGAAGUUGUGGUCUACCAACCUAGACAAUUCAGUGGCAAGCAUUGAGGCAAAGGCUAACGUGUGUUGUGUUAAAUUUAGCCCCUCUUCUAGAUACCAUUUGGCUUUUGGCUGUGCAGAUCACUGUGUCCACUACUAUGAUCUUCGUAACACUAAACAGCCAAUUAUGGUAUUCAAAGGACACCGAAAAGCAGUUUCUUAUGCAAAGUUUGUGAGUGGUGAGGAAAUUGUCUCUGCCUCAACGGACAGCCAGUUAAAGCUAUGGAAUGUAGGGAAACCAUACUGUCUACGUUCCUUCAAGGGUCAUAUCAAUGAAAAAAACUUUGUAGGCCUCGCUUCCAAUGGCGAUUACAUAGCUUGUGGAAGCGAGAACAACUCUCUUUACCUGUACUAUAAAGGACUUUCUAAGACUUUGCUAACGUUUAAGUUUGAUACAGUUAAAAGUGUUCUUGACAAAGACAGAAAAGAAGAUGAUACAAAUGAAUUUGUUAGUGCUGUGUGCUGGAGGGCACUGCCAGAUGGGGAGUCCAAUGUGCUGAUUGCUGCUAACAGUCAGGGUACAAUUAAGGUGCUGGAAUUGGUAUGA